ACUAUAAAAGUACGAUGCCCGGGAUGCCAAUGUUUCUUCAUCCUCCAAGUGGGAACCUGAACUAGCCGCAAUGUCGCUGAAGAUCGUCGCUAUCCUCUUCUCUCUUGUCGCCACCGUUGUUGGAGCGACUGCAGGUGCAACCACCUCGGCGGAGCUCGCUGCUCGGGCUGAUUGCGACACCGACGACGCUGUGCCUUUCUUCCGUGCCUACAGCAACGCUGGCACGGACCACUUCUACACUACCAACUACGACGAGAUGAACAACGCCAUUACCAACCUUAGCUACUCGUACGAGAGCAACAUGGGCUUCGUCUUCAGGAUCCCGACCGUCUCCACAACUAUACUCUAUCGCCUCUAUCUCUCCGACUCGAUUGAUCAUUUCUACACCACCGACCAGAGCGAGGCCAACCACGCAAUCCAGGAAUUGGGAUACAACGACGAAGGCACCUCGGCCUACGUCUUCGAGGCCGAGGUUUGCGCAAGCGUUCCGCUCUACCGCAUGUACGACGCGAGUAUCACCGAUCACUUCUACACCACCAGCGAGUCGGAGCGGGAGAACGCGAUCAAUGUGCUGGGGUAUUCGGAUGAAGGAAUCGCGUGCUAUGUCUUGCCGGACCUCUGAUAUGAAUUCGUAUACCGAGCGGACGCGGGUUUCAACACCUGCUAGCAUCUCGCCUUUGGGAUGUGGAUGUCGUUUUUCUUGAAGUUACCUCUCUUUUAGUUCGUUAUUCCUUCGACUUGAUACACGGUGUAGAGACAUGCUUGAUUCAACUCAGGCCUGUCAUUGCGGUAUUUGACGCUCCCUUUGAGCAGGAAUGGAAACGUGAGGUAGAUGUGGGUCUGAGUCAAUAUGUUUUUGUUCAGCAGCAGGCCGCCCAUGCUGGCAUUUCAAAAGAGG